AUGAAGAGCUGGACAGCACCGGGGCCUGAUAUGAUCCACACAUACUGGCUGAAGAAGCUAACUGCACUCCAUGAACGCCUAGCAGGACAAAUGAACCAGCUGCUGAGGGAUGGGACCCACCCAGAGUGGUUAACCCAGAGCAGGACAGUCCUAAUCCUGAAGGACCCCCAGAAAGGACCCAUCCCAUCCAACUACCGGCCGAUAACCUGCCUCUGCACAACAUGGAAACUCCUAUCAGGUAUCAUUGCGGCUAAGAUGAGUAGGCAUGUGGCUCAAUACAUGAGUGGGGCUCGGAAAGGAGUUGGCAGUAACACCAGAGGAGCCAAGGACCAGCUACUGGUCAACAGAGCAGUCGCUCGAGACUGUAAGAACAGACGGACUAGCCUGUGCACUGCCUGGAUUGACUACAAGAAAGUCUAUGACUCGAUGCCACACACAUGGAUACUGGAAUGUCUGGAACUAUAUAAGAUCAACAGGAACCUAAGGGCCUUCAUUCAGAACUCGAUGCGAAUGUGGAAGACAACCCUAGAGGCCAACUCAAAGCAGAAUGCCCAAGUCAACAUCAGCCAGAUCAUCACAAAGAGUGGCUACGGAUACCAAUUCCGAAGUGGGGUAACGAUCAGCCACCUGCUCUACAUGGAUGACAUCAAGCUGUUUGCCAGGAAUGAGUGGGAAAUUGACUCACUGAUCCACACCACCAGGAUCUACAGCAACGACAUAGGGAUGUCAUUCAGAUUGGAUAAGUGCGGCCGGAUGGAAUACAUCAAGAAAAUGGCCCCAAAGGAUGAGCUGCUAAGUGAAUGCCUCAGGCAGCAGGACCCUGAUGAGAAUGCAGAGGAAGAGGAGCAGACAACUUGGAGGGACAAGCCCCUACAUGGCAUGUACCACCGUCAAGUUGAAGAAGUGGCUGAUAUCAAGAAAACCUACCAGUGGCUGGAAAACGCUGGACUGACAGACAGCACAGAGGCACUAAUCAUGGCAGCACAAGACCAGGCCCUAUGCACAAGAGCCAUAGAGGACAGGGUCUACCAGAGUAGAUUAGACCCAAGGUGUAAGCUGUGCAAAGAUGCCCCUGAGACAAUCCAGCACAUAAAGGUGGUAGAGAACAACAGGGCCAAGAUCUUGUGGGACUUCAGCUUCCAGACUGACAAACAGCUCCUGGCUAACCAACCGGACAUAGUGGUGGUGGAUAAACAGCAGAAGAGGGUGGUGGUAAUAGAUGCCAACAUCAGAAAGAAGGAACACAAAAAAGUUGAGAAGUACCAAGGGCUGAAAGAGCAGCUAGAAUGGAUGUGGAAGGUGAAGACUAGCGUGGUGCCCGUGGAAACUCCUAGUAACAGCAGCUGGACCAGCACAGGAAAUCUCCCAGCAGGUGGCGCUACAGGGUCUCAGAAUAAAAUCACCCCCACCACUCCUGUCCCAAACCGCCAACACAUCAACUGCAGCCACCACCAGCUGUCGCCUGAGGAACGCCGCCUGCUGGACUCCAUCGCUUGGCCUGAAACCCCUCAUGUGCCUGUACCCGUGUCCCUAAACACGACCUCUGACCCCGCCCACAGCACCUUCACAAUCCUGCCGGUGAGGGCAGGAGGUCAGUGGCAUGUAGGCGAUGAGCUGGAGGCUCUGAUCCAAAUUGGUGACUUCCAGGGUCGUCCAAAACAGUAUGGGGGAGAUCUUGUGAUUGCUCGCCUCCAUGACCCGGCACUCAGUGCAGGUGUGGCCGGGCGAGUGGUGGACCACCUGAACGGCUCCUACACCGCUGUGUUUCCAUUACUCUGGGAGGGACGAGCACAAGUUGAGGUGACGCUGGUUCAUUCCAGUGAGGCCAUCACUGUGCUGCACCGGGUAGACAGGGAACACCCAGCCCGGCAAUCCUUCUUGAGCCUCUUCCAGUCCGGCUCUGUCUCUGAAACUGCGGUUUGUAACUUCUGCCUGCCUCCCACCCAGCCUCUGUGCAACUACACCGACCUCCACACGGGAGAGCCGUGGUUCUGCUACAAGCCAAAGAAGCUGAGCUGCGAUACCAGGAUCAACCACUAUAAAGGAGGCUGCAAUUAUUAUCUCAAGGCCAAGGAGGUGACACUGUUUCAGAGUGGGGUCAACAUGAAAGUCAUCAUUCAAGCUUCAGGUCCAAGCAACGUUACUGUGCUGCCAAAGAAGAAAGUGCCUGCUGAAGGACAACCAGAGGUGAAGAGCAGCACCGUGAAGCCUGCACCUGCUGGAUAUUACUACCAGGGUGCAUGGCGAGCACUAGGGGCUACCACAGUUCGUCAGUUCAACGAUUCCUCUGCCAUCAGCCAGUGUCUGAAAGACAAGGUGGUGAAUUUGUACGGCGACUCCACCAUGAGACAGUGGUUUGAAUACCUCAACAGUGUGCUGCCAGACCUCAAGGAGUUUAACUUGCGCAGCGACAGGAGAACCGGACCGUUCAUGGCUGUGGACAUGGCACGAAACAUCUUGGUGAAAUACCGCUUCCACAGCCCUCCAAUAGUCACUUGGUCAAAAUUCUCAACCAAUGAGCUGCGCUAUGUUGCCAACGAGCUGGACGGCAUGGUCGGAGGCCCCAACACUGUCGUGGUUUUCAGCAUCUGGGCUCACUUUGGCACUUUCCCCGUCGAGGUGUACAUGCGGCGACUGCUGAGCAUCCGCAGGGCGGUGCUGCGGCUGCUGGACAGAGCUCCCGACACGCUGGUGGUCAUCCGGACAGGAAAUCUGAGGACCAUGACGUUUAUGUUUGCAAUGAUCAACAGCGACUGGUACUCACUGCAGCGGGACAGGGUGCUCCGGGCCGUGUUCAAAGGGCUGAAUGUUCACCUGGUGGACGCCUGGGAUAUGGUCCUGGCCCACCACCUGCCCCAUGAAAUUCACCCACGACCCCCCAUUAUCAAGAACAUGAUAGACGUCCUCUUGUCCUACAUAUGCCCUAAAAAUAAAUCCUAG